AUGGAUACCUCUAAUCUUAAUCAUGAUACGACCCCUUUAGCCGUCAUUGGCUUCGCAACACGAUUUGCCCAAGAGGCGACCAGUGCAGACAGAUUCUGGGAACUCUUGCUAAGGCGUCGUCAAGCAGCAACACCCUUCCCGAAAGAACGGUUUAAUUCAAGUGCUUUCUACCAUCCUGAUCCCGAGCAUGGCGGAACGUUCUAUGUCAAAGGGGCCCAUUUCCUCUCCGAGGACCCCUUGGGAUUCGAUGCACCUUUCUUCAACGUUAAUAAAACAGAAAUUUUGAGCUUGGAUCCCCAGCAAAGAGUGGCUAUGGAGAAUGUCUAUCAUGCCCUUGAGAAUGCUGGCAUUCCAAUGGAGAAGGCCGUUGGCUCUAAGACGUCUGUCUAUGCUAGUGGCUUUAACCGAGAUCAUAUGAUUCUUAUGGAUGCAGACUUCGAGAUAGCUAUGAAGCACAAACCGACCGGUGGCCAGCAAUCCAUUAUCUCGAAUCGUGUCAGCUGGUUCUAUGAUUUCAGUGGGCCAAGUAUCACGAUUGAUACGGCAUGCUCCAGUGGUAUCGUGGCUGUUCACCUUGCUGCUCAAAGCCUUAAAUCCGGUGAUGCUGAGAUGGCUGUGGUCACAGGUGGCAGUAUCAUCUCUCACGUUCCUGAUAUCAUCGCAAUGAGCCAUUCCGGUUUCCUUGGCCCUGAGGGAAAAUGCUUCAGUUUCGACCACAGAGCCGAGGGAUAUGGCCGUGGUGAGGGUGUGGGGACCGUUGUUAUGAAAACGUUGGCGAACGCUCUCAGGGACGGCGAUACAAUUCGAGCAGUCAUUCGUGCAACAGGUGUGAAUCAGGACGGUCGCACUCCUGGAAUUACUCUCCCAAGCAGCACCGCACAGACCAAUCUUAUCAAAGAAGUAUACAGAAAGGCGUCUCUAGAUCGCAACACCACGAUGUUUGUUGAGGCCCACGGCACUGGUACUGCAGCCGGCGACCCCAUAGAGGCGAGGGGCAUUGCCGACGGAUUCACGUCAAUGGAACGAGAGUCCCCUCUUUAUAUUGGAGCACUGAAGUCAAAUAUCGGACACUUGGAAGGCGGCGCAGGCAUUGCAGGAAUAAUAAAGUCCGUGAUGGUCUUGGAGUCUGGAAUUAUACCCCCGAACGCAAACUUCGAGAAAGCCAAUCCACAAAUCCCAACGAAAGAGUGGCAAAUUGACUUCCCCACCGAAUGUAUCCCGUGGCCCAAGUCCGGACUACGUCGGGUUUCGGUGAACUCCUUCGGAUUUGGUGGAACUAAUGCUCAUUGCGUCUUGGAUGAUGCUUACCAUUUCCUUGAGGAAAAUGGUCUUUCGGGAAAUCAUAAUACGCGCCAGUCUGCACCGACCAAACAAGAAAUCAGUGAACUCCUUGCCAGACUGCAGAGAUUAUAUCUUGAUGGAGAUGUGAAUCACUCGAACGGCACUGCUGAACUUACAAACGGAGAAGCCGCGAAAGAGUCCCACGAACCUGUCGAAUCUACUGCACCAAAUGAGACAAAUGGAGCCUCAGAACAAGCUAAUGGAGAGACUGCAAAGGAAUCGCGGGAAGCUGAAUGUUCAACCUCCAAUGGUGUAGAUCUGACCACCGACAAAGAUGUGAAUGAGCCCCAAGAGGUUAUUGAAUCUGCUCCUAUACAAGAAACCAAUGGACCUAUAGAGCAGGGUCACGAGGAGAUCACGAAUGGGUCAAGCGAAGCCGCUGAACUUUCUCCUAAUAAUAAUGGAACCAAUGGCAUUGCAGAACAUCCAAACGGAGAGACUGGGGUUGCAUCUCCUACCCCUAGCGGAAUCAACGGCGCAACUACGCAAAGCGAGGUUCCCAGGCUGCUCAUCUUGUCGACAGCAGAUAAAGAAGGUAUGAGCAGAGUAGCAACUAGCCUUCGAGAAUACCUUGCUUCAAAGCCUGAUUUGCCGAUGUAUGCCGCUGAAAGCCUACUUGAUGAUCUUGCCUACACCCUCUCGGAGAAACGAUCUAGGCUGCGGUGGAAGGGUUAUCUGUUAGCAAACUCGAUCUCCGCACUGGAGGAGAACCUUGCAGAUGAGAAGGCGUUGUCAAAGUGUUUCAAUGCUAGAAGUUCCCCGAGACUUGGCUUUGUUUUCACAGGACAGGGUGCUCAGUAUCACCGUAUGGGCCAACAGCUCUUGGUUUACCCAGUUUUCCGAAAGAGUCUAGAGGAAGCGACGGAGUAUAUGAAGGCCCUUGGAAGCUCUUGGUCGCUAAUGGACGAAAUUCUCAAAGACAAGGGGGAUUCACGUAUUAGCACUCCUAGUUUCUCACAUCCUGCGUGCGCAUCAAUCCAGGUUGCACUCGUUGAACUACUCGCUUCUUGGAAUAUUAUUCCGAGCCGCGUUGUUGGACACUCUUCGGGUGAAAUCGCCGCCGCGUACUGUGCGGGUAAACUCUCGCGUGAAGCAGCAUGGAAAACCGCUUAUUAUCGUGGAUUCGUCUCUGCAAAGCAGAAUGAUCCCAAAGGCGCCAUGCUUGCUGUUGGGCUUGAUCAGGAGGCGCUUCGACCUUACUUAGAGAAGAUACAUGCAGAUUAUGAUGGCGAGCUUAUCAUUGCUUGCUAUAAUUCCCCGAAAAACAACACAGUUGCUGGCGAUGAGACCAUGGUCGAUGUUUUGAAGACACUUCUUGACGCUGAUGGAAUAUUUGCCCGGAAACUCAACGUCCAGAACGCGUACCAUUCAGCACACAUGAAAGCCGUCGCCGACGAAUACUUCGAGCUAAUGGGAACUCUUGAACCGGGCAGAAGCUCUGAUCUUGAUAUUCAGAUGCAGUCCACAGUUACAGGAAAGGUGAUUAUGGAUUCUGUUUUGGACGCUUCUUAUUGGGUUGACAACAUGGUCUCCCCUGUAAAAUUCACGACCGGGCUUCGUUCAAUGCUUUUCCAAUCAAAUGAUGACAACUCCGAGAAUAAGGCGGUUGUUGAUGAGAUCAUCGAAAUUGGCCCUCAUGGAGCAAUGCAAUCUGCGGUCAAGGAAAUAAUUGCCGCCAGCAGUUCCGACAUCCCUGUGUCUUAUUCAUCAGUUCUCAAUCGCAACGAGCCUACUGUCAGCACACUUCUGAACACUAUAGGCACUUUGGCCUGCAAAACAUUUCCAGUUAAUUUGCAGGAAGUGAAUCAGAGUGUCCAUCGAGGAGAGAAGCGUCCUCAGUUCCUUGUUAAUCUUCCUCCCUAUGCUUUCAACCAUGAAGAAAAGGGAUACUAUGAGAGCAGGCUGGCUAAGAAUGUGCGUCAGCGGGAGUUCCCGCGACAUCAGCUGCUUGGUGCGCCUGUGCAAGACUGGACCCGAUUCAACCGCAAAUGGAGACAGUUCUUUAGACUCUCUGAGAACCCUUGGCUGAGAGACCAUGUCGUUACGGAUAACUGCAUCUUCCCCGGUGCUGGGUACCUAGUUAUGGCUCUCGAAGCAGUCAAGCAGACUGCUGGUGAGGCGGUAGAGGUCACUGGAAUUAGGUUCAAAGACGUGAGCAUUAAAGCGGCACUUUUGAUUCCAGAUACGAAUACCGGCGUUGAGGUGUCGCUGUCUGUCCUUCCCGUCAAUGAAUCCAACCAAUGGACUUCUACGGUGUGGAAAUAUUUUCAAGUCUCGUCUUACAUUCCUUCCUACAACGAUUGGGUUGAACAUUGCUCAGGUUACGUCGCUCUCGAAUAUGAAGCUUCGGCUCCUGACGUUGUCGGGAAUGGCCGUGAGGGUAAGGCAGCAAAACAGGCGUGGGACGAUGCAUUGGAUCAGGCUGCAGAAGUGUGCCAGACUCCAUUAGAUGCUGGGAAAGUCUACGAAAACUUGGAAACAAUUGGCAUGAAGUAUGGACCGUUGUUUAGGAACCUGUCCAACUUGAGUGUCAGCGGCAAACGAAAGGGAACCAUAUUCGGCGAAAUGAAGGUGCCCAACUUGGGAUCCGUGAUGCCCAAGGGCUAUAUUCACCCACAUGUUAUUCACCCUACCACGUUGGACAACACGCUUGUUGCUGGUCUUGUCGCUAUCUGUGACGAUAUUGGCCAGACAGUUUUGAAACAUCCAAUGGUACCUACUUUCAUAAAAGAGGCUUGGAUUUCGACCGGCAUCAGUUCGCAAGAAGGAACCAAGUUCCGUUGCUACGGAGAGGUUUCCACGGCAGCAUAUGAAUCUUACGAUUACAGCUCGAAAUGCUGGGACCUUGAAGCCAACGAGCCACGCAUUAUGCUUUCAGGAGUCCGUAUGACGCCCCUUGCUUCUGACAAUACUUCGGAAAGCAAUAUUCAGAUCGGAUAUGGUAUAGACUGGAAGCCUGCUAUAAAUAUACUUGAAACCAAAGAGUUUCUUGACUUGGAUCCGGUUAUGGCAAAAACACCCUAUGAGAAGCAGCUAAGCGCGGCAGUCAAUUUACAGCUUGGCACUGCUCUCAUGAUUGCCGAUGGCCUUGCAGAUCUCAAGGAAAAUCCACCAGCCAAGCCUCUUGAGGGCCAUAUGAAGAUAUACUUCGACUGGAUGGAACGUGUGAUUGCUGAGCUUGAGUCUGGCACUCUGCAGCAUGUUCCUUUGGAAUUGUUUAAGAAAUAUUCUGAAGACAAAGGCUUGAAAGAGCAACUUUAUGAAUCUCUAAAAAGGGACUACGCCACAGACGGAGAGAUUCUGAUUCGCUCGGGAGUUCAAAUAGCACCAGUCGUGAGGGAAGAAAUUGAUCCACUUUAUCUUUUGUUCGGCCAGGAUGACCUUUUGGCGCGUCAUUACGAGGAAGUUAUAGUUCUCAAUGAUGGGUUGAGGACAGUUCAAAACUAUCUGUCUAUGGUGUCUGACAACUUUAACGGCCUCGAAAUUCUCGAGGUCGGCUCCGGAACCGGCAGUUUUACCAAGCUGAUGUUGAAGUCCCUCUGCCCAAGAUCUGAGGAUGGGCAAAACGGACACGGCGCGGGCAAGAUUGCAAACUACACGUUUACGGACAUCUCGCCAAGUUUCUUUUCAAAGGCAAAGGAAAGGUUGGAGCCAUGGAAGGACCUCCUCAUCUUCCACAAACUAGAUAUUGGAACUGACCCUCUCGCCCAAGGCUUCUCGGCAGCGAAAUAUGACAUUAUUGUUGCCAAUAACGUCCUUCAUGCCACGCCUGACCUGCAAAAGACUCUUGAGCAUUGUCGUCUGAUGCUAAAACCGGGUGGCAAGUUCUUGAUUCAGGAAGGUGUCAGGCCAGAUAUCCAUUGGGUCUCACUUGUUUUUGGUCAACUUCCAGGUUGGUGGCUGUCUAAAGAGCCUGUUCGCAAGUGGUGUCCUUACAUCACUGUGCCCGAAUGGAACAGCUUUCUUCAAGAUGCAGGUUUCUCUGGCCUAGAUAUCGACAUACCAAGUUCGCAUUUCCCCGAACUCGCCCAUGUGAGUACCAUGGUUGCAACGGCUGUGGAAGAUACCUCCAAGAGCGGUGUAAAGGAUAAGGAAGUGGUUAUUCUUUGCCACGUUUCUGAAAACGAGACCGAUCUUAUUGCGGAGCUGAAGGCUGAGAUUGCAAACGACUUAGGAGCUACUAACUGUCUCGUGCUACAGCCCUGCGACUUGGUAGAAAAGGGUAUGUCUGAUGCAAUUUGCAUCUCUCUGUUGGAACUUCAGACUCCAGUGAUAUUUGAUUUAUCCGAGGAGGAAUUCAAGAGGGUCCAAUGUUUCCUAUCCAGCUGCAGAAAACUGCUAUGGAUUACGGGAGAUUCAAGAGUUGAACCAGCGUUUAACAUGAUCAACGGUAUGCUACGUACGAUUCGGUGGGAACGUGAUGCAGAGAGUUUGGAUUUCACGACUCUCGCUAUUGCGGACUUUGGCUCUACCCCCAACAAGCAAUUGGUACAUGCUAUUUCGAAAGUCUUCCGGUUCCACUUCGUCAGCGGCCAAACAGACCACGCAAAUUCAGAGUACCUGAUGCGAAAUAAAUUGGUAUAUACAAACCGUAUUGUUGACUAUCCUACAGCAACCAACUUCUUGGCUAGCCAGUCGUCGACGCCCGCCCCUGAAAUGACGGCUUGGAAGGAUGUGAGACGUCCUGUUAAGCUCCAGAACCCUGCCCCGGGCCUGCUGAAUAAAUUGCAAUGGGUGACUGAUACAUCCUUGUCCCAGUCUUUGGAAGAAAAUGAAGUUGAGAUUGAAAUUCGUGCAGUCGGUCUUAACUUUGUUGACCUCCUGACUGUCAUGGGUGAAUUGCCAUGGGAUGUCGUUGGACGAGAAGCUGCUGGUGUUGUGACUAAAGUUGGAUCAGCCGUUCACUGGCUUCAACCUGGUGACCGUGUGGUAUAUCUCGUCGAUACACCAAAGAAAGGCACGUUCCAAACGUACAGCAGAGUGGACCAAGGCGUUGUUGCUAGAAUCCCCAAUGACAUGAGCUUUGAAGUUGCUGCUGGACUGCCAGUAAUCUACGCAACUGUCAUUUACGGCUUGGAGAACGUUGGCAGACUGGCUGAAGGCGAGAAGGUCCUCAUUCACUCAGCCGCUGGUGGUGUUGGACAAGCUGCUAUCCAGUACGCACAAGCGGUUGGUGCCGAGAUCUUUGCAACUGUGUCAACCGUCGAGAAGAAAGAGCUUAUUAUGAAGGAGUACGGUAUAGCUGAGGAUCAUAUAUUCUCUAGCCGCGAUUUUAGCUUUGUGAAAGGCGUUAAGAGACUGACUGGCAACACCGGCGUUGACGUGGUUCUGAAUUCUCUUUCUCGAGAAGCCCUCCGCCGGUCCUGGGAGUGUGUUGCACCUUUCGGUCGAUUUAUUGAGAUUGGUAAGAAAGACCUGGUUGCUGGUGGCAAGCUCGACAUGUCUCCUUUCGUGCACAACAUUAUGUUUGCCGGUGUGGACUUGCUCGCAUUGGCGGAGCAUAGGCCAAAAGUUGUUCAGCAGGUUCUCAAGAGAACGAUGCAGUUAUGGACAGAGAGGAAGAUCACCGGUGCACGCCCAAAUACCGCAUUGAGCUAUGCUCAGCUUGAAGAGGGUUUGCGGAUGCUACAGUCUGGGAAGCACACUGGUAAGAUUGUCUUUGCGCCAAAUGCUGAGGACGUUGUGCCUGUGGUCCCAGAGAUUCCACCACCAUUCGAAUUUGAUCCCAAUGCAUCUUAUGUCCUUGCCGGUGGUCUCGGAGGAAUCGGAAGGAGCUUGGCACAAUGGAUGGUCACUCGUGGAGCUAAACAUUUAGUGUUCCUCUCUCGAUCUGGCAACAUCACUAGACCAGUUGAAGAGAUGGUUUCUGCUCUCGAAGGCAAGGGAUGUCAGGUUAAAAUAUUCAAGUGCGAUGUAUCUAACAUUGAGAGGAUGCGUUCGGUGGUUGAAGAGUGUCAACAGACUCUUCCUCCGAUCAAGGGGUGCAUCCAAGGUUCGAUGAUAUUGAGGGACGGUGCCUUUGAGAAUUUGUCAUACCUCGAUUGGAACACUGUGACAAAGCCAAAAGUUCAAGGGUCUCUCAACCUCUAUGAGGCCUUGCCCAAAGACCUCGACUUUUUCCUCAUGCUCUCCUCCGUCGGUGGAAUCAUGGGAGGUAGAAGUCAGGCGAACUACGCCGCUGGCAACACAUAUCAGGAUGCCCUCGCCCGAUCCCUUGUCUCCAAAGGCGUCCGAGCGGCCAGUCUUGACCUGGGCAGCGUCCUAUCUGUUGGUUUCGUGGCUGAAAACAAGGACUACACCCGCCACGUUUCAAGGACCAUCGGAUCAAUGCGUGAAGACGAAGUCCACUCUAUGGUUGAAUAUCUCAUUGAUCCACGCCACUCUCUCACCGAGUCAACCUGCCAGGUUAUCUUUGGUCUCGGCACCGUGAAAUCGUUCCAAGACCGCGGUGUACCUCCGCCAGAGUGCUUCAAUUAUCCGGCAUACACAAUCCUCCGCAACACAACCACAUCCGGCGACCAAGCUGGAGGUGACACGCAAAUGUACCACGUCCAGGCGCUUCUCGCCACGGCCAAGAGCCGCGAUGAGGCUGCGGAAGUCGUUUCCAACGGAAUCAACAGGAAACUAUCUGUCCUGCUGAACGUGGCUGGCGACCAAAUCGAUUCAAGCAGGUCGAUUCGUGACAAUGGUGUGGAUUCGUUGAUUGCUAUGGAGUUCAGGACAUGGUUGGCCAAGGAGCUGGGUGCAGAAUUGCCCCUGAUUGAAAUCAUGGCGGAGGGAAGCAUUACGGAUUUGAGCAAGAAGGUUGCGGCGUUGAGCAAAUAUGUCCAGGACAAUUUUCGAGAGGCGAGCAAGCAGUCGUCCUGAUUGGACGUGAUUGUGGCUAUUCGUGUCCAUGCGGAUACAGCAUACUGAUAUGAAGGAGUGUGGCGUACUCCGUAGACGAGAUUUGUUUGUAUCCGACAGAUUCAUCGGUUAUUGAUAAAUGUUUGUUUUUUAUUUUCUCUUACCUUGGCGUGGGAAAAAUUACUUGGUCAGGCACGUACACUCCGUAGCUGCUCGGUAUAUUUAAUCUACUUGAUUAUCCAAAAGA